AUGGCUUCCACCGCGACGGGCGUUCCCCGCGUCACUAUCAAUUGUGAUAUGGGCGAAGGCUUUGCCAAAUGGAAGCUCGGCCCCGAUGCCGAACUCAUGCCCCUCAUCGACCUUGCCAACGUAGCAUGCGGGUUCCACGCCGGCGACCCCCUCACCAUCCUCUCCUCCACCCGCCUUGCCCUCGCUUCCAACGUCGCCAUCGGCGCCCACCCCGGCUUGGACGACAUAAGAGGUUUCGGGAGACGUAAAUUUGAUGUGAGCGAGGAGGAGGUUUAUGCGGGGGCUUUGUAUCAGAUCGGAGCUGUCAAGGCGGUGGUAGAAGCCGAGGGAGGUGUUUUGGCUCAUGUCAAGCCCCACGGAGCACUCUACUUUAUCCUCCGCGACAGCCCCGCCCUCCUCCGCGCCUUCCUCAAAGCCCAACUCGCCCUCUCCCCUCCUCCUCCUUCCCAACCAAUCCCCUUCGUCGGCCUCGCCGGUACGGCACACGAAUCCGUCUGCAAAGAGCUCGGGAUCCCGUUCAUUCCAGAGCUGUUUGUGGAUAUAGACUAUGAUGCGGAGGGGAGGUUGUUGAGUGUUGGGGAGAGCCGGAAACCGACGGAGGCGGGGAUUAGGGAGAAGGUGGAGAGGGUGCUGAGGGAGAAGGAAACGUUGGACAUCAAUAACAAACCCCUUAAAUUACCAUUCCUCGAAGGCGGGUUCACGAUCUGCCUACACUCCGACAUGCCCACUGCCCUCGACAACGUCCGAGCUACGAGAAAGGCUGUGAAUGAGUUUAGCAAGCAGUAA